UUCAUCUUCUCCUAGUUCUUGUGUACAAAUUGUUAUUGAAUUUUGAUUGCUAUACAUUUUACUUGAAUGAAUGAGUUUUUUCUUUUCUUUUUUUUUUUCUUCUUAUCGAUUUUGAUGAGCUUUACUGACUCCUCAAUCAUACGUCUGUGGAAGUUCCUUCUAUCAUGUCGAGCUUCGUCAUGUCAGAGGGAGGAUUAUUUGGAAUUCUACGAUGAAUGCAUGAAAACUCAAUUCCGUACAUAUUGUCUGGAAUUGCAUCUUCUCUUUUGUCUAAAUUGUUCUAGAAUUUCGAAUUUGUUACAUCGUAAUUGAAUUAGAUGCUUGAAUCUUGAAAUGCCUUUUUAUUGAUUAAGAUGUGGCCAGCUUCUCAAUAUUGCAUCCGUGAAGUUUAUUAUGUGCGUUCAUUUCUAAUAUACCAUGAUUAUAGAACUUUUAGUUUUAUACAUCGUACUUGGAUGACAUAGAUGCUUCUCAAUAUUGCUUCCUUAAAGAUAUUUUUAUUGAUUAGAUGCGGCUUACAAGCUUUUCAGUCUUGCUUCGGUGCACAAUUCUUUUGUGCGCGAUCAUGGCAACGCUUGGCUUCCUUGUGUCAGGCAAGCUCAAAUAUCCGGAAGAAGAUUGAUGUUCUUAAUCGGCAUGAAAAUAGAGAUUCCAAGGAACAGGUGUUACGGGAUUCCAAGUGCAAUUUGCGCAUGAGUCUUGCCUGGGAUACCGCCUUCUUUACGAGCCCAGGAGUACUGGAACCUGAGGAACUAUUUACGGCCUUGAAUUCAAGGAAUUAUGACAAUGUGGUUAACAUCCUGGGGAACGAGGAACAUCUUCUAUUAUCUUCUCAAUCACUAGAACCAGACACUAAUAGCAAAGCUGAAAAUUACAACUACCGUAACAGCUUAGCUUGGGAUAACGGUUUUUUCACUAGUGAAGGAGUUUUGAACCCUUCUGAAUUGGCCAUUGUUAACGACGGCUUAAAGAAAUCCGAAAGCCAUCUAGUUCCCGUUAUUGAGGAUGAAGUUUGGAGGUCUAUGGAAUCUAACAACACCUUUGAUAGCGAAGGUUCCUCUUUAACUAGACUUGAGAUGGAUCUUUUUGAAGACAUCAGAGCAUCUAUCCCUAAACCAAUUUCUUCAAGGUUUGAACCAGAAAGACCAGCUUCAGCCGAACCGGGUGGUUCUCGAACUAUGAUGAAGGCCAAGGCAACCUGCAGAAAGCAGAGUAUUAAUAAGCAUGGAUCAAAGAAGAUUAUUAAAGAUAUACCAAAAUCCCCAAAAGUGCAGUUGAAACAUAUGAAUGAAAGUAGGGAACAUCAUCCAUCUUCAUCCCCCAAACCAUUCAAGGCCUCAGAGCAGAUUUCAAAAAGUUCAACUAAAAUGGCUUCCUUGGGUGAAAAACAUGUCAAACUUGGAUGUAGGUCUGUGGCUUCGGCAUCGGCUGAAGGUUUGGGGAAGUUAAAGAAACCAUGUUUUAGGCAGUCGUUAAAUUCCAUCCAUAGCUCCAUUCAGUCAUUUAGAUCAUCUCUGUCACGUUAUACAACAUCCAAAGCCACCCGCCGCCCUCCAUCUGAGAUAACCAUUCGAAAAUCACCUCCAAAUUUCAGAAGAAAAGUGAACUCCCAAGGUUCGAAUAUACUCGUCGCCGGUUCAUCUUCAGUGACGCCAUUGAUGAAGAAGACAAAGGCAAGCAAGACAGCAGUGGAAAGUUCUUUCCAGUCCACACCAACAUCCUCAUGGUAUGGAUCACCAUCACCAGCAAGCUCAAUUGAUGAAUGGCCUUUAGAGUUCUCAUCAACUUCUGCAACUCAAAGAUGUAAUAGAAGUAAACGUAGUUCAUAUUCCAGUCUUAGAAGUUCUCUUAUAGAGAAUGAGAAUCAAGAAUCAGUAGUAAAUCGACGACAUCGAAAAGACCACAAAAAAGAGGGCAAUGCUGAUACUUCAAGAAUAUUAAGAGAAGUAAAACCUUCCGGCCUGCGAAUGCCAUCACCAAAACACGGAUUUUUCGAUGCGGAAAAUAUGUUGGAGUUGGCUACCAUUGCUGACGCUAAGCGGGAUGUCGUUGCACAUCGUAUUCGAUGUACUAAUCUUCAAUCUCCUAGAACUCGACUUGGUACCGAGAUUCGGAUUCGUAAAAGUGGAGGAACACCAGUGUCUAUCUCAGCCACAAAAGGUAACAGAAGUCCAACAGUGAAGAUAUAUAAGAAGACAGGACAGUGUAUUCAAUCUAUGAAAGCCGAGAAGAAGAUCAUCUCUCAAUACACUGAGCUAGACGAGAACAAGGAAAAUGAGUUCAGUUUCGUUGAAGGUUUAGCCAAGCAGGUUAAAUCUAUUGGCCUAAAUAAUAGUGAUGCAAUUAUUCGUCUAAGUAGACGGAAUUAGAGCAGUUGAAGAGCGAUUUUGAAAAAGCUGAAUUCAAAAUCACUCAAAACUUUUUUUCUUUCCAUAAUCCAAAAUCAAUUUUAAACACUCAAUAAUUUAAAUUUUUA